CACCGAAUACGCACUCUCCGUCGCACCCGCAGUCAGCGCCGAAAAUGGAAACCCCUCCGGCUCCGCACGAAGGAAGCGGACAGUACGUGGAGCUCUCAUGCGGCUGGGUCUCCAUAUCUCUCCAAUCUCGCGUCCACCACCGAACACAGAUCAGUCAGUCGGCCCCCAGUCGGCCCGCCGUCCAUCAGACGUCCGUCGAAGACCCACUCUAUCGACAAGUCACCGCGGCCGGCGAUAUCCCCAUCGAAGCCCUCGCCCGCCGGCCCCAGACAAACCGACUCCACGCCGUCACUUGCCGAGGUCGUGUCUUGGUAGAGCCUCACCUCCACCAUCGAGCCGAACUGAGGGAGCCGAAUGGCUGGGCUGUCAAUCAGGAGGGCGCUCUGCAGGGCCAGGAGGGUUGAGUCGUGGCCAACCAACAAACCGAACCUGACAAAACGAUCCAGAGAGCACUGGAGGUGCCCACACACACGUGCCCUCCUGGAUGCGAUGCUGUAUACCUGGUCGCCUCUGCUGAGCUGUGGACGUGUGUGAAGGUGUCGCACACGUAUUUCAUCAGCGAGCCGGCGGCGAACCAAGAGAGCUUCUCCCCCUCAUACAGACGCGACAGGUAGGCCCUCGCCCCCUCCCGCACACCCGCCAGCUCUUCCUCAGACAUAGCCACCGGCAGCUUGAUGGAAUGGUACUCGUAGGCGCCAAUCACAGAACGAAGCUUCCGCACCACAGAGAGGUCCCCCUCAUGCUCGUCCAGGGCCAGCACACGAUUGGCCAGGCGGAUCUCGCGGUCGAAUUGCCGUGCGAGGUGUUGCCAUUCGGGGCUGCGCUUCUUGUCUUUGAGCAGUUGCUUGGCCCGCCUCGACUUGUACCCCCGCAGCAGGGGGUCAUGCCCAGUGCCGUUGUAUGUGUGGACACAGCGGCGGACGUGCCGACACAGAUCACCCAUCUCCUCUCCCCCUCCCAAGGCGCACUCGUCAUGGCCGAACCAGCCCGCCGCAAUGGCAACUGCAGUCUCGUUGGCCCGGUCACUCUCACUGCUGCGGACAUACAGCCUCGCCGACUCAUCCGUUUGAUCCCAAUCAGCAGCAUCUCGGCUCACGCCAAGCGACUCGGCAUAGGUGACGCCAAGCAGUCUUCCCAGCAUGGUCGCGUCAUGAACACCGGCAGCUGUCAGAGAUAAGGGAGGCCGUGAGAAGGGCCACGCUGCGGAGUCGUUUCCUGUCGAUGUGAUGAAGGCCGUGCUUGGUGCCCUUGCCGUGUGCCGCAGCAGGACGAUGGAUGCCUUUAGCUGCCGCGAGAUUCCGCCACGAACGAGCCCCAUAAACAAGGCAAACACAGUCGAGAGCAGUAACAUCAAGGCGCCACAACCUGCAGAUCUCUCUGCACGACGCCAGGAAGCGAGAUGAUAAGACGUGCGCGCUCGGAUCCGCUUGACACCCGCACCCACACCAUCAUCAUCUCCGUCAUCACCACCACCUCGUUCGUCAUCAGCGAUGUUCCCUCGCGGUGAUGGGCCGCUUUGGUGCGAGGCGGGAGUGACGACGUGCAGGUCCCUCAAGGGGUAACUCUAUCUUGAGUCGACAAGAGGGCAUGCACUCAUGAGUAUCUCCGACUCGAGCAGCUGAUCUGUCUGUGACGACACACAGGUAGGGAAAGAAGAGAGCGAUGAUUGUCAUUGGAUGAAUCCUUUCAGCCCAUCUCCCCUGUCUGUCUGUCCUUGUGCAUCCGCCAUACCUAAUCGCUCCUUCGACAGCGUCACUUGACCGCAUGAUCGACGACAGAGCCGCACUUUGGUGACAGAUCUUCACCUGCUGAGGCCUUCUGCACCAGCUGCCUC